CACGCCCCCCCGAGCGCGCUCCGGCAGAGAGUUGUGUCCGCAUCCUCCCUCUGACGCAUCAGCCAUCUCGUGAGGGAGCGCGCAUCACCGCCGCCAUCUUACCAGACAGGACAACAAUAAUAAUAGGAACCUGGGAACAAGCGCCGUAUGGAGAGCAGAGCACCGGACCGCGUCGCUCACUAAUUCCUUUACCGACUAACGCCAGUGUGUGUGCGGCCAGGACCUGGUUGUCUAAUGAGUGCCGGGGGCGGGCUGCGUUGUGACGGGGAGCUGAGCUACAACACUGCGGUCCCGGGCUAAUGCGACCAGGAGACGCGCCAUCCAGUGCCUGCACUCUGUACAUCUAAAGAGACCCGCCACACAGGAUGAAAAGAGGAAAAAUGGCCAGCGACGCCAGCAUUGGGUUGUCCGUCGGAGAGUUGGGGGAAUUGUCAAAAAAGCCAAAAAAUCUAGGAGAAGAACCAACAGAGCCAUCCAAGCUUUAUGACUGGGGUAAUCUACUUCCUGACAUAAUUUUGCAGAUUUUUCAGUAUUUGCCUCUUUUGGAUCGUGCACAUGCCUCGCAAGUGUGCAGAAACUGGAACCAGGUGUUUCACAUGCCUGACCUCUGGAGAUGCUUUGAAUUUGAGCUCAAUCAGCCGGCUACUUCUUAUUUAAAGGCAACACAUCCUGACCUGAUCAAACAGAUCAUUAAGAAGCACUCCAACCACCUACAGUACGUCAGCUUCAAGGUUGAUAGUAGUAAGGAAUCAGCAGAAGCAGCAUGCAAUAUUCUUUCACAACUUGUAAAUUGCUCUUUGAAAACACUUGGACUUAUUUCAACUGCUCGACCAAGCUUUAUGGAUUUACCAAAGUCACACUUCAUAUCUGCACUUACUGUUGUAUUCGUCAACUCAAAGUCGCUCUCGUCACUCAAAAUUGAUGAUACUCCGGUUGAUGAUCCAUCCCUGAAAGUGCUGGUGGCCAACAAUAGUGACACACUGAAGCUUCUGAAAAUGAGCAGUUGUCCCCACGUUUCUCCUGCAGGAAUUUUAUGUGUAGCAGAUCAGUGUCAUGGUCUGCGGGAACUGGCGUUGAACUACUAUUUACUAAGCGACGAGCUGCUUCUGGCUCUGUCUUCAGAAAAACAUGUGCGACUGGAACACCUACGUAUUGAUGUUGUCAGCGAGAACCCAGGACAAACACACUUUCACACCAUUCAGAAAAGCAGCUGGGAUGCCUUGAUAAAGCAUUCUCCGAAGGUGAAUUUGGUCAUGUACUUUUUCCUUUAUGAAGAGGAGUUUGAUCCGUUUUUCCGCUACGAAACACCAGUUACACACCUGUACUUUGGGAGAUCUGUAAGCAAAGAAGUGCUUGGUCGUGUUGGCAUGACAUGUCCUCGGCUGGUGGAGUUGGUUGUUUGUGCUAAUGGACUUCGACCUCUUGAUGAAGAACUGAUUCGAAUUGCAGAGCGGUGCAAGAGCCUGACCGCUAUUGGACUUGGGGAAUGUGAAGUGUCUUGCUCUGCAUUUGUAGAGUUCGUAAAGAUGUGUGGCGGUCGCCUGUCCCAGCUUUCUAUCAUGGAGGAAGUUUUAAUCCCUGAUCAGAAGUAUAACCUGGAGCAAAUACAUUGGGAAGUUUCAAAGCAUCUUGGCAGAGUCUGGUUUCCAGACAUGAUGCCUACUUGGUAGGAUCUGAAGCUGGCCUACUAUUACUGAUUAUAUUGAUAAGCACUUUAAUUCAGUACAAUUGCAUGACAAGCUAAUAAACUAAUCUGCCGUUUUC